GUCUGCUGCCAAAUUGCUGUCUGAGUCUGGGGUCAGCGUGGUGGUUCUUGAGGCCCGAAAUAGAGUUGGAGGAAGGACAUUCACUAUCAGAAACAAUCAAGUUAAUUACGUAGAUGUUGGUGGAUCGUAUGUGGGACCUACCCAAAACCGGGUUCUCCGACUGGCAAAAGAGCUGGGUAUUGAGACCUAUAAAGUGAACGUUGAGGGCCAUAUGAUCCAUUAUAAGGGGGGAAAGUCACGCUAUUUCAUGGGUAUUUCCCCUCCAACAUGGAAUCCCUUAGUUUAUCUGGAUUACAAUAACUUCUGGAGGAUCGUGGACAAGCUGGGAAAAGAGAUUCCUGUUGAAGCACCAUGGGACGCUCCGCAUGCUGAAGAAUGGGACAAAAUGACCAUGAAAGAGCUGAUAAAUAAGAUUUGCUGGACCAAAGCUGCUAAAGAAUUUGCCACCUUCUUUGUGAACGUCAAUGUCACGUCUGAGCCUCAUGAAGUCUCCGCUCUCUGGUUCCUGUGGUACGUGAGGCAGUGUGGAGGCACAGCCAGGAUUUUCUCCAUCACCAAUGGGGGUCAGGAGAGGAAGUUUAAAGGUGGUUCUGGUCAGAUAUCGGAGAAAAUAAUGGAACGCCUCAAAGGCAGAGUUAAACUGGAGAGACCUGUGGUCCGUAUUGAUCAGACAGGUGAUAAUGUCAUUGUGGAGACUCUAAACCAUGAGAUAUAUGAGGGCAAGUAUGUGAUCAGUGCCAUCCCUCCAAUCCUGACAACGAAGAUUCAUUACAAACCAGAACUGCCACCAAAGAGAAACCAGUUAAUUCAGCGUUUGCCUAUGGGGUGUGUCAUAAAAUGCAUGGUGUACUACAAGGAAGCCUUCUGGGAGAGGAAGGGUUAUUGUGGUUCCUUAAUCAUUGAGGAUGAAGAGUCUCCAAUUGGAAUAACCAUGGAUGACACAAAACCUGAUGGAUCUUUCCCUGCCAUUAUGGGUUUCAUCCUUACCAGAAAGGCUGUUAAACUGGCCCACCUCAGUAAGGAAGCGAGGAAGAAGAAGAUCUGUGAGGCAUAUGCCAAGGCAAUGGGGAUGGAAGAGGCUUUACAUCCUGUGCAUUAUGAAGAGAAGAACUGGUCCAUGGAGCAAUAUUCAGGGGGUUGUUACACAGCCUACUUCCCACCAGGCAUAAUGUAUUCUUACGGAAGGAUCAUUCGCCAGCCCAUUGACAGAAUCUACUUUGCUGGCACGGAGACGGCUACCCAAUGGAGUGGAUACAUGGAGGGGGCUGUACAGGCAGGAGAGAGAGCAGCCAGAGAGAUAUUGCAUAAUAUGGGGAGGAUCUCAGAGAAAGACAUUUGGAUGCCAGAGCCAGAGUCAAAGGAUGUCCCAGCCCGACCGUUCACCACCACCUUCUGGGAGAGGAACCUGCCGUCCGUGCCAGGACUGCUGUGCCUGCUUAGCUCUACCGCCUGUUUCGCCUCUGUGGCCGCUGCCGGGCUGUUUGCCUAUAAAAAGGGACUCCUAAUUCGAAACUAGUGGGAAGCACACAUCCAGUGGAAGCUGCGUACUCCCUCUUCUUCCCUUUUACCAGAUGAGUGUUAUUUUUGGAGGGAAGUGGCAUGGGCAGCUAGAAAGGGCAAAAGUUGUUUUCCUUGUGAUUUUUCUUUUUAGUACCAUAAUUAAUGCAUCAGAUCUACUGGAAUUGCUACCAACUAAACAGAAAUAAAUCAACUGUGGGGGCGUUUUUCAAAAUUGCCUUUUCCUUGUCCAUUUGUUUUGAUUGGACAUGAUAAUAUCGAUGGUAUAUUCCUGAUACAGGCAAGGCAAAAUGCAGAUCACACCUUUCCCAAAAGGCAAAGAGGCCUUGGAGAAUGCAUUCAUUUCCACUUGCCGCUUUAUCUUUUACCACAUGAGAUAAUAAAUGCCCUUAUGUAUUCACCUCAGUUAGCAGCUCAGAAUAUCCGAGGUUAUUCCCAUAACAUCUCUGCUGCACAGAAGAGAUUAGCAUGCCAAUCAGACGUAGAAUUGCCAAAUUAAUUUUCAAAUGUGUUUGAUUAAUUAUUAAUCAUCACAACAUGAAACUUAACCACAAGCUGGAUGAAAAGAGGUAAUUAGCACGAAGCAGCUCACUAAAUGAUGAGAGAGGAACCGCGAGUGGACUUUAUUCUGCCCGCUACCGAGCAAACAUCUGCACUUAGCUGUUCUGCAGGGUGCCUGCGUCGGUGCGGCACGGCCACGGCGCGGCUCUCGGUUACUUCCUGGCCCAAGAGCAUCCCAUCCCACCCAGCCGUUUACCGUUAAAAUGGAGUGAAAUGAAUUAGGAAAGUUAAAGCCCCUCCGACUUGCAGCAGGUGCUGGCUGUUAUUUUCCAAACGGCAGCAGCUUCCUGGCUCCCUGUCAAUUCGCUGCCCCUCGUUUUGCUCGUAAUCUGUACCGCCUUCGUCCAAGAAGGAGAAAUAUAUUUGGGGCCUGAAUUACUGCCUUGUAAAUUACAGUAAUUGGGUGCAUCUGCCUGUUCUGCUCUUAUUAUGUACAUGAUACAUUUAAAAUAAUCACUUUAGUGUUGAACUGAAGUCCGGAAUAUAUGUUUCACAACGUACCAUCAUUAUGUGGUCUUUUUUGCCAUGAAAUGUGAGCAUUGUAUGUGUCCAUGAACUCAACUGUCAUUCAACAUGGGUGAAAUGUGCCUUUGAAUAGUCCUGAAACCUUGAUAAGAGGAGCUCUUCUAUAAACUUUUCUGCUGAUUCUU